GCUCUGUGAAAACGUGUGUAAUCAGGUGGCUGGGUUUUUUGGUUUGAAUUGUUUGAUUGAACUAUCUGCUGGAAUCGGAUCAGUGAGUGAUAAGUGGAAAAUGCCGCGCUAUGAAAUGGCUCUUAUUUUCAGAGCCCUAAAUAGGUCUGAAACUAUUUCUGCCAUGAAGCGAGUUGGCGAAAGUGUCAUUGAACGAGGCGGUCAGAUUAGAACCAUUGAAAACUUAGGAGAAAAAGAUUUACCGUUCAAAAUGGUGGCACACUCACAGGGUUACAGAAGAGGAAGAUAUAUAGUUAUGGAGUUUGAUGGAAAACCUUCAAUUGUAAGUUCAAUGGUUGAAUAUCUCCGACGAGAUGUGGAUGUCAUUAGACCUGCAAUUACUAAACUUAGACCGUUUCUGAACAAGACAAUGGAGUGUGACGGACCUAAGAAAAUAGCACCACCCAGAUCACUAUCAGAUACAAUGUGAUAACCACCAAAUAUAUGUACAGUUUCUUGCGAGAUAUAUUCUUGAACAUUUUUGCGGACAACUCUUAUUUAUCUUCUUUGUCUUUCAUAUUCAAAAUUGAAUGAACACAUAUCGGUAAUCCUCCAAGGGAUUACUAAGGACUACUACCAAUUUUUUAUAUGUUACAUAGCUGCUUUGUGGAAUGGUAUUUUUGUUUCAAGAGUUGCCCUACUGUGGCUUACAUGUAGCAGCAGGUAUUAAAAGUUUUACUACGUUUCCAGUGAAA